AUGACGCCCAACCUGAACAACCCCGAAACAUGGGCGGAUUACAUCGAAGCGGCACAGAGAUGCCGACACGCGUGGGUACUCGGGCCGACUCUCUUCGAACAUGUCUAUGUCAACCCUUCGGACGCUGACCGCAUCAUCACACUUUCCACUAUUCUGUACCGCACUCAAAGCGAAUGGUACGCAGACUUUUCCGCAUUUUACCAGGAAAUAAAGACAAUGUGGGAGACGUUCUUUGCUAUCGUUCCGGAAAACUGCUUGGUCUUUAGCUUGGGAGUCAAACUCCAACACCGGAUGCACUUACGGCUCAAAGGGUUGCUGAAGUACUCGCUACCAAAGGAAAUUAAGGAAGAGCUAACAAGCGAUAAUGAGCCCACAGACGAGCAGCCGAACUCGCCCACCGUCCCGAAGUAUCGCAAAAUUUCCGGGCUCAAGUUUAAGUACUCGCUACCAAAGGAGAUUAAGGAAGAGCCAAAAAGCGAUGACGAGCCCACAGACGAGCAGCCGUUGAAGGUUCCGGUUAUCGAAGACAUUGUAAUGGCAUGGGAUGCGAAUGGAAAAGUAGAGCUUGCGCUAGAGGACACCUUGACCACCGCUAAACUCAACCGUGGCGGUACGGUACAUCUGGGAAUUCUCAGGCGCGCCAUCGUCAAAGCCUUGAGCACGGACCCGGUGACUAUUCCCAAUCACUAUGUAUCGAGGACCUCCUUCCUUGAUCACAUCAGCACCGAGGUCGAAGGGGCCGGAGAUGCUGAAUUUCUCGCCUAUCUGAUGGAGUUUUCCGAACGGAUUGGAAAGGAACCUGGACUAACCAAGCCAAUCGAUCCGGAGACCCUCGCGUCGCUGCAGGAAAAAAUCCACGAAGGUCCAUACGAGAUCCGCCUCCGCAUCUUCAGGCUGAUCCAACACCGUGAAGGCAGUGCUUCCCAUGAGAAUAAGCUCCCCGAAUUCAAGGACCUGAAGGCCGAGACGGUGCAUGCAAUUCGGGAAUAUUUGACCACUGCGAAGUCCAUUGGGUACUUUGGAAAUGUCUGCCCAUCCGAUGUGCUUUUCAUUAUCGAUGCUACCCAUUCUGUAAAAGAUAAAUGGCAAGGGCAUCUUGAUUUUAUUGCUAGGGUCGCUUCGAAGCUGGUGGUAUCACCUGAGGAUGACCGCGUAGCCGCUAUUGUCUAUUCCUCAAAAAAGAAACAAAAGACCAAAAUUAGCUUCGACGAUUUUAUGAACGCCGAAGACUUGAUGAAGGCUAUUAAAAAUCUCCCAUUCUUUUCUGGGACGACCGCUACCGGUGCUGCAUUAAAAUAUGCAAUGGCUGAGCUUCAGAAGCGUAGAAUGAACAUGACCACAAACGUUGUUGUAUUAACGGACGGGUUUAGCCAAGAUCCAGUUGACGAGCCAGCCAAAGCAAUGCAGGCACUCCCAAAUAUUCGUAUGUUCGGCAUGACGGUCCAAGAACCAUAUAAUCAUGGUGAACUCGGCGUUCUUGCUGGUGACCCGGAAAGAGUAUUAAAAGGUGUCGAAUCUGGAGACGAUCUCGUUCGACUCAUCAGGAGUUGUGCUCAAGGAAUGACCCCAGCUCCGGCUAGACCGACGACCACUACUCCUUCCUCAAACCAACUACUAUCAAACAAAAUUACGAACCGGAAGAAAGAAAUCACAAAAGAAUUGGCAGAAGAAAAUCUUCUGACUAGUCAGAUUUUUGAGAAAAAUGGAACAGAUAGUACGGAAAAAGCUCAGUUGACUGGGGAGGAGCCAGUGGUGGAGAGUUCUGGAGAAGAUAGAGGGAACAAUAUCAACACGAAAUUCAACCCGGCCAUUAAACCUGUGACUCCAUCGAAUAAUGCACGCGAUGGACUGAAAGGCUGCCUCUACGAUAUUGUCGUAAUGUUAGAUGCUUCUGGGUCUCUAAGCCAACGUUUUGCCAAAGAAUUGAACCUCACGACGAGACUAAUCGAUAAGCUAGUGCUCGGACCAAAGAAUGCCCAGGUGUCGGUGUUGAAAUAUGCAGGCCCUAAUCACUUGAAAGUCCUUUUUGGAUUACAAGAUUUCCAAGAAAAGCGCAAAAUGAUGAAGAAAGUUUCCACUACACAAUUCAUCUCUGGAACUACAAGAACCAACGAAGCAUUAAUGAAGGCUGCUGACCAGUUCAAGGCUCCUGGCGGUCGACCGGGUGUCGCACAUCAAAUCGCUAUCAUAUUUACUGACGGCUUCAGUCAGGAUGACGUUACUCAAGGCGCCAAAAUGAUGAGGCGACAAGGAGUCACCGUUUUUGCAAUUGGAUAUCCCAUCAAAGGAGCUGAACUUGAGGUCAUCACCGGGACUCGAGAACGCGUAUACACCGACGCUACCAUCGAUCAAUUUGAGGAAGACUUCAAUCGACUGACCGCCGAUUGUUCUCCCUUAAAAAGC